AUGAAGUUCUUUAUCUUUACCUGCCUUUUGGCUGUUGCUCUUGCAGAGCAUAAGAUGGAACCUCGCUCCUCUAGUGAGGAAUCUGUCAGCAUUUCCCAGGAGAGAUCUAAGCAGUAUAAGAAUGUGGUCAUUCAUCCCCGUGAGGAAACCAUAAAGAUGAUGGCUGAUAAGGAAACUUCAAGUAGCUCAUCUAGUGAGGAAUCUGCUGAAGUUUUCACACAGAAAACUGAGCUCACUGAGGAAGAAAAGAAUUUUCUAAAAGAACUGAAUAAAAUCAACCAAUUUUAUCAGAAGUUGAGCCUCCUCCAAUAUCCCCAGGCUUUUCUUCAGCACCAUACUGUUAUGAGCCCAGAGAAUCACAUUAGAAGAGUUGCCUAUCCCUUUAUUCCCACUGUGGUGAGUACUGCAUUUUUGUUUAAUCAUUUCCAAGGCAAAACAGUAGAUCUUAAUUUGAGAUCAAUGGACAAGUUCCAGAAGAAAAUUGAGCUGACUAAAAAGGAAGAGAAUUACCUGAGACAGCUGAACAAAGCCAACCAACAUCAUCGGAAGUUCACCAUCCCUCAUUCUCUCAAGGCUGUUCCUCAAUAUCAGACAGCCAGGAUCCCUUGGAAUCACAUUAAGACAAAUGCUUACCAAUAUAUCCCCAUUCAGCUGCUUCUACUUGAUUUGGGUUUGGACAAUCCAUCUUCUAUACAGCUUUCUUAUCCAUCACAUCACUUCACACAACGAGUAUGUUUGGAUAGGCUUAUUGAAAAUAUACCAAUAUUGAGCCAAAAGAAGACUGCAGAAAUUCCCUGUAUUGUUUAUACUUUUCCUGUUAGUUCAUAA